AUGAAGAGGAAGCACUGUGAAUGUUGCCAUGACAUAUGCGAUAGUUGCACUGGCUCUAGCUCCAAGAGAAGAAAACUUGGAGACUGUAAUGACCAGCCACCAAAGGCUGAACCCGGAGAUAGCAACAAUUGUUUAGAGAGGAUUCUUGUAGAGCAGCCACUGAGGAGGUUAGCUCAAUACCAGAUGGUAUCAAGACAGUGGAAGGCUCUCAUUGGCCAACCAACAUUUCAACAAUUCCUUGCUGAAAAAUCUGAGGCAAACAGCUUGUUUGUGAGUUAUUUGAAGACUGAUAUGGUAGGAAUUGUAAGGCUGAUCCACAACCGAUAUUCAGUCACCAAUUACCGCCUCCCUCCAUCUAGGUCUGCACUUCCCCUUAAGAAUGUGUUAGGGUCAUGCUACGGCUUGGUCUGCUUGGGAAAUACCAGCCAAGGAGGAUAUAGAGCUGAGGAGGAUAUACUCCUUCUCAACCCCUGCACAAAAAAAAUGAGGUUAAUCAAGGACACUAUACAUUGUGGACUGGAGAGGGGGCACUAUGGCCUCGGUUUUGAUAGAAAAGCACAAGAUUUCAAAAUUGCGAAAGUGUGCACUCCUCUGGUUAGGCACUCCAAGAAGAAGCUCACUCCAAAGAGGGAAGCGGAGAUGGUGCAUAUUAUAAUCUACUCAUGGAAAUAUUCUUGCUGGCGUGAAACUUAUUUUGAAGAUUGGGGGUUCAAUUUGGUUCAUUACCCUGGCAUGUUUCUUGACGGCAAAAUCUACUGGCCAGGGAAGGUUUGGGAGAUGCAAGGGAUAUUUGUCAGACCACAGGGUCACCAAAACUCCUUGGUAAGCUUUGAUGUGUCAUCUGAAACGCUUGGCUGCAUAAACCUGCCAGAAGACCUCCAGUCUGAAUAUUGCAGCUUUGGAGUUGUUGCUGGAACAUUGACUGCAUGCGUCUGCGGAGAAAAAACUGAAGUUUGGCAAUACAUAGAGAAUAAUUUCAGAAAGAGGGCAAGUUUAUCGAGUUACAGAAAUCAUAUGUCUUCUCACCUCCAGCCUCUAUAUCAGCUAGGGAAUCUCAUGGUUCUACUUCACAAUGGCAGGAAAGUUACUCUAUAUGAUAUGUCUGACCACUCCAAGCUACAUGCUUUGGGUCUUGACAAGUGGGUUCAUCAAGGUGCUUUCAAAAGAAGAGGGCCAAGAAUGGAAGCAGUGCCAUUGGUUGAAAGCUUGUUUUCGCCAACCUUUGAGACAGAAAAGGCAAAUUGUGAAUAA